GGGUUAAGGUGUACCUACAUUACAUAAUAUUUUUUUUACGAUUUUAUUUUUUUAUAUGCUAUUGAAAUAAUGUUAUAAAUGUUUUUCAUGGGAAAUUGAAUCUAAACCUAAUAACAUUUAAUCAAGCUGAAAUUAUUAUUUUAAAUUAUGGAGUCUGAAACAAAACACACGAGGCGUCUAGCUUUGGUGAAGGCGAUAGGCGUACGCCUAUUGUUUCUUUUUCAUUUUCUUCUGGCUACAUCAAAGUUACCGGCUAUCCAAAAUGAGCCUUUGUUUUGGAUUUACUCACUGGGCGUUGUACUGAUGAUAUUAGAGGGUUUCCACACUUUGUACUGUAGAAAUGGCAGGGAGCACAAAUGGGUUUCUUUGGGGACGCUUCUAUUCAUUAUUCUAGACCUCGUCCCAAUCUGGAUGUUUGAGCUUGACAAGGCCAACCGAGCUAGGGCCUCUAACCGUACAGAAUUACUGGACGAGAAUGACCAUUUGAUCCUUAUUGAUAAUCCAUUGAAUAACCAAACGUAUAAUCUAAUUCCGUUGGCCAACGACGUUUUUGUUUACGUCGUAGAACAGAGCUUUCUGCUGGUCAUGAUUAUCGGAAGGUGGGCAAUGCCAAAAGGUCAAAUGUCGCGUGACAAACUAUCUAACCUGUUGCUGGUUAUGAUUGGCAAAGCUUGCGACAUAACAGAUUUCUUCACGCUGUUCUCAAACAAGAACGUGUCACUAGACAGAACAUUUACAUUUGUUGUCCUGGUAGUGUGGAGUCUUAGCGUGUUACAGUUCCCGAUCUCCUUCACGGAGGCCAGAGAAGACAACCUUGUCAUCACUUUCCAUAGAGACAGGCAGUAUAUGAAGGUGGUGGUUCGAACCCUCAACGUGUGCCUCAAAACAGAAAUUUGGAGCAUUUUGGCGGCAAUCUUCAUGCAGGAGUUCCCGUUUCUGGUUUGUCGUUCAUAUGCCGUCGGUGCACUUGGAAUUGUUGAUGAUACCAUCAUUUUCUUCUUAUCAAAGAACUCGUUGAUAAUAUCCAUGUACCUGUAUCGCCUUGUUUCUCUGUGUCUGGAGGCAGAUCCUUAUGGUGACGUCGGGGCUGUUGUCGCAGAAGAAAAGACUUUGGCGACGGUUGAGUGUACAGAUGAAGAGGGUUUAUCGUCUGCCGCUGUUGUAACUAUAAUGGAGGGAGACGUAGACGCACAUGUUGCAAAACAGGAGAAAUGUGAAUCUAGCAGUCCACAAAGAAACCGGUUUUUAGGGAAAACUGGUAAAUAUGAUCUAACAGAGGAGGAAGCGAAAAACAGUGAGGAAGAAAGUAGCGUGUUAGUGCAGUCCUCAACAAAACGUGAUGAUUCUUUGUAAACGCCAGGUACUCUCCGAGUGAUACGCAUUGGAAAUGGUACAUGCAUGUGUAUAUGUACUAUAUGCUUGUAACUGCACAGAUCAAUGAUUGAUAUAGAUAUCAGACUGAAUUAAUGAAAGAAAACUAUCAUGUGUCGAAUUAGCUCUAACAUGUUUUGUAUCCAUUUCCUUUAAACGAGGUUUCAUGGUCAAACAGAGUGUAUUCUUUCUAACUACUGACCACUUUUAGGUACUAGACAAAAGAAUAUGUCACCUAGCAAUUAUGUCUUCUUUUCUAAGAUUUUUUCAAAAAAGAAAGUAGUUCUUCUAUUUGAUUCAAGGGUUUUUUAACGAAUAGUUUGAUAUUAUGUAAAAGGGCUUAUGUUUUGUUCAAAUGAAGCCGAGGGAUAUCCCCUUCCCAAUAUGGAGAAAAGGAAAUGACGUUAGGUAUUUUACCGAAAAGUUUUCCCGAUAUAUAUAGACAAAUUCAUCAACAACUUUUUACAGUUUCAGAUAACAUCAAUUUGUUUAAUUAAUUAAAAAUUCAAUCAUCUGGUGCUACAGUAUGGACCAUAUGCUUAACAUAGAAAAGACAUUCAAAUUCUGUGAAUAGUAAUUUACAAAAAUAAAAUAGGUCAUCAAUGUUAACAAAGCUCAUCUGGUCGGGGCGUCAUUUACAUAAGGCCAACACUGCCAUAUUAUUUCGAAGUCAUAGUUUAUAGUCUAUAUUAUGUUAAUUAAAGAAAAAUGCAUCUUCGCUAGCCAGGGGUUUUCUGUCCAGUUCUGGGAUUAUGAGAAAAAUGUUAAACCACUUGUUUUAUAUAGAAAAAAAUCUUGAAUAUGACUUAGUCUAUUUUAUUUCAUAUCAUGAAAAUAUGUUAUAAUAUCGUAUAAUUCAAUAGCAAAUUACGUAAAGUGAUGAAAAAUUGAACUAAUUGACCUAAUACCUUAUCAUAUUUUUACGAUAUUGUAUUAAACGAUAUGUUUUAAAUGAAUGUUAUAUAACAUUGCUUCAUGUUUCAUAAAAUUAUAUUAUAUCAAAGCUAAAUCACUUGAUA